AUGAAAAGCUUGAAACGAAAUGAAAGACACGCAAAAAAUUAUAAUGUGACCAUACCAUAUUUGUCAUAUGAGCCUAUUAAGCCAAGAAUGACAUUUCAAACAACUAAAAUAGGACCACGAAACGUUUGGAAAUUGCAAAAAGGUUGGGUUGACGUAUUUUUAGAUCAUUUUUUUGAACAAUAUAGAUUUCCAUGUUCAUUUUCCGUCAAAUAUCAUCACGUCGUUCCAGAACCUAUACAUAGCGAUUAUAUUUCAUUUAAAGGUCGAUGCAGUGAUCAAAAUUGCCGUGCUAGUUUUUUUGGUGGGGUUAAAAAUGAACCAAAGUCCGGAGAAAAUGUAACAGUAAAUUUUUUAGCUAUUAACACUACAGGUAUUGAACACACCAAUAAAAGAUUUUUAAAGCAACCAAAACGAAGUUUAAUCUGUGAAGAUAUUAUAAACAGUGGUGCUAGUCAAUGGCGACGAAAGACGGUUGAUAAGUUAAUUGAUUAUGGAGAAGUAGAACCACCAAUUUUAUACAAAAGUUCUGUGCUCAGAAAAGCUAAGCAGCAAUACAUAGAUAAUACACUAAGUAUCGUUGGACAUGACCCCAUUAAUAGUAUAGUUUCUUUAAAACACGAAGUUGAACAUAGUGGGACCAUUCACAGUAUUGGUAGUGAUCCAUUUUUUUGUCAUUAUUGGUUGCCUACUCAAGAACAUAUAUAUAAAUCAAAACGUAGCAAGACAUGGACGACAAUAUCAGUUGAUGCUACAGGAUCUCUCGUGCUACCUAUUAUGCGAACCAAAAGUAAAAUCACAUCAGCGCAUAUAUUUUUAUACCAAAUGGUUGCAGAAAUCGAAGACCAAACUGUCCCAAUAGCUCAACAGCUAUCUGAAAAGCAGGAUAUGCUAUCUAUUUACUAUUGGAUGGCGAGUUGGGUUAACACUGUUAUUAUACCAAAUGAAUGCGUAUGUGACUACUCAAAAGCAUUACUUGGUGCUAUUACAAGAGCUUUUUGCAACCGAAAGUCUUUAAAAGAAUACAACAGCAUGUGUUUCGAUUUUCUAACCGGUGAAAAAUCCUUACUUCCAGAGUGUUAUGUGAGGGUAGACGUUGCACAUAUCAUACAUAUGUUAUGUCGAUGGAAAUGUCUAUCAGCACGUAAACCUAUAAAAGAUUUUUAUGUUCGUUGUAUUAGUCUCCUCAUUAAAUCUCAAAAUAUAAACAUGUUCAAAAGUGCAUUGGAAAUGAUAAUCAUUGUUGCAUGUGCUAACACGGAUGGAGUAGACAAUAAUUUAAAAAAUACACCUGCCGAAGAUGCACGUAAGAAUUUAAUAGAGUCUAUUUCACGAGGGAACAUAGACAUUUCAAUUAAUGAAAACACUAGUGACGAUUAUAAAGGUAUAAGCAUUGAAGACACAUUUUUUUUUGAUGAAGAAAACCCAAAGGAUUUAUAUGAGGACAAUCAACAAACUAAAUCAACAAUAAAUACCUGGUUAGAUGAAAUUAAAUUCUCAUCAAUAGAAAAAUCAAAUGUCGUUGGUGAUAGAAUUAGCGCACUUUAUUGUCCAGACUUGAUAAAACCAUUGAUGAGAAUUUGUAGUGAAUUUCCUUUAUGGUCAGCCGUUAUGGUGCAACAUUUUGGUUCACCUAAACCAAGGCUAUCAUCUUCUAGAGUUGAGGGAUAUUUUUCUACACUUAAAACGUCGAUUAUAUCAAAGAAAACAGCAAGAAUGCGCGUAGAUAAAUUUUUAGUGACUCAUUUACGAGCAAUCAGGGGUGACAUUAAACUUGCUGCUGUGAAUGAAAAUAUAAAUGAAAAAGAAAUUAAAAAAAUGAAAUUAGACAAUUCUAUCAAAGAUAGUUCUAUACAAGUUAAUUUCCCCAGUAGUAAGGUUGAGGUUAUUUCCAAUAAUCAUGAUAAAAUUGAUUGUGAAUCAAGUGGAAGUGGAAAUUCUGAUUCUGAAGUCGAUUGUAGAUCAAGUAUUAGUAAUAAUCAUGAAGAACAAGAAUUCGAAAACUGGAGAAAUAAAGCAAGUCCACCAAGCCCUAUAAUAAAAAAAACCACUGCGAAACGUACCGUUUAUUUAGACGCUCAUCCGGAGAUAAAACUGAAACAAAAAAUCAACAAAAAAAUUUCCAAAAAAAGAAUCGAUUUAAUAAGAAAUGGUAAUUGUAUGCGACCUUUAAGGUUGCAGAAAGAUAAAAAAAAGUAUCAAACAUAA